AUGCUGUUCAAGUCCGCCAUCGCCGUCGCCACUCUCUUGCAGUUCGCGCUCCCCGCAUCAGCGGCAUUCAUUUUCUGCGCGGGAGCUCCCGCCGAUGGUAGCUGCCCAGCUGAUAAGGGAACUAAGUCUAAGUGCCAGGAUGUUUGCGGCAACUGCCAGCCCAGGUGCUUCGGAGGCGGUGUGAAAGAUCUGGGCGCAACAUGCUGCACUCAGUCUGAUGGAACCAUCAACAUCUUCUGCUUCAGAACAGGAAAGAACACCUGCUAG